AUGCGCUCGACGUUCUCUCUCGCGGUGCUUGGAUUUGCUGCUUCCACGGCGGCGCUCAACGUCAUCCCUCGUCAAGAUUACGGCGGUUACAACCCGCCUCCUUCGGGCCCGUCCUCUACGUCGUCGGCCGCGGCCGCGGUGACCACCGGCCCGACUGGGGGCAAGAUCUGCACGGACUUGAUGUGCGUGUCGGGGAUCGUCAACGGUUCCACAAUCCAAUACACACUUGAGAGCACCGGGAAGGACAGCCUCGGCUGGAUGGCCAUGGGCUUCGGCUCGCAGAUGGCGAACACCCCCAUGGUAAUCAUGUGGAGCAACUCAGACGGGAGCGUCACGCUCUCGCAGCGCAAGGCCCCAUCGGAGGUGAUGCCCACCGUGGACAGCAGCCCCCCACGGGCCGCCUCGGUGGACAUGUCCGCCGUUGCGCUCAGCGGCUCGCAGCCGCAGUUCGGGUUCACCAUCCCCACGGACAGCACGUCCCUAUCGUCAGUCCCGAUCAUUUGGGCGUUCGGCACGACGAACCCGGGGAGCUCCGCGAAGGACGCGACGCUCCUGCAGCACGCAGAAUCGGGACCAACGAAGAUCGACCUCUCAAAGCCGCUCGAGUCGAGCGGGAAGCCGGUGAUGGAGUCGAGUUCUGCAGGGGUGCGGAGCGCGCUGCCUGUGGGGAUCGCAGGCCUCGUGAUAGCAUUCGGACUCUGGAGUGCGGACGGUGCCCAGUCGAAGGAUGUCGAACGCCACAGGCUGCACCUUCGAACGGAGGAGAUCCUCUGGGAGAUAGCCACACGCCCGACGUUCGCCUGCGCAAUUCGGGCGAUCACCGUCCAAGCUUUUAUCAUGCUCUUUUCUGGUGCUGUGUUCGAGACUCAACUGCUUACACGUGCUCUGCGCGCCCUCUCUUCCACCCUCACCACGUUCCGCUGGUUCGAGCAUGAGCAGUCCCCGAUGACCGUGUCGGAGGUGUUGCCUGCCAUCGCGCAAUCCAUGGGUCCUACGUUACGCGAACUCCAUCUGCCUCUCACUUGCCUUACCAAUCCGUCCUUAGGAGCAUUCACGAGCCUCCGUCGCUUCGAGCUCGAUAUUGGUCCUGAUGGUGAUGCUUCAGGUUACGAAGAGCAUGUGGAUCUCAUCGAAGACUCCGACCUCGAACUUGUGCGGCAGAUUGUCUAUCGCAACCGCUCCACGCUCCAUCAUCUCGUAGCCCCUGGUGCUCUCAUUUGGCGCCUCCCUUCUCGCGUUUUUGAAGGGCUCCACACGCUCGAUAUCACAAGUACCACCACUGUGGAUGGCCUGCACGCGGUUGUCGGUCACUGCAACUCUAUCCGCGACUUCUCCCUUGUCCUUACAGGCCUACAUUCGGACGAAAAUCUACACACAAUCGCCGUCGCUCUUAGGCCCCACAAGCUCCCUCUCCUCGUCGCGUUCAAGAUUGUUUUCAAGGAUAAUUGCAUGCCAUCUACUGAGAAUCAUAUACUCCUCCUCACCGAAAUCGCUUCCUUCCUUUGGGAUCGCAAGGGGCUGCGACGUCUCCACAUCCAGCCAGCGUAUUAUUCGCGGCCCGGAGAAGGUGCUACCAGUCCGCUCAUUCUCGUCAUGCCCACGCUGCCCAAUCUGACAACACUCGGUCUGGAGAUCGGCUGUCCGCUGAAGCUAGACCGGCUCAUACUACUGGAGACGCUUAUUCCACCCACCGUUACCGCCCUGCGGCUCGACUGCAUCUUCCGCAACUUACACAAGCCGUUCCAAGACCGGUUCCUCGACAUCAUUCGAUCGCGCGGUCGUAUCAGGUACCUCCACAUCUUCGACGAGACCUACCCCGAGUCGGAGCUCAAGGAUCGGCUGCGCGAGGAUCCCCCUCCCGAGCUCGAGCUCCUCGGCUUCGGCCCGUUCGUGCGCUGGCGGUUCCCGCACCCCGACCCUUCGGUCGACUCGCUGCCGGAGUGGUCGCCCCGGUGGCCGCCGUGGAAGCUGCGGUUCCGGGGUGCGCGCGACUUCGGGAACGCGGACUGGGCGUGGCUCAUGCGCCACCGGCUUCCAAGCGACAACGAGGAGAUCGUGUGGUCAGAGCCUGGCCCGAGCUCGUGGUUUUGA